AGCCCACGGUAAGAUCACCUCUUGAGUCCAUAACAAAGCCAUCAACUCAACCCUCUGUCCUUUCUUUUUCAUUUUCUUCCUUCAUUCGUUAUUUUCUCACUUUACUUUUACUCUCCAGAAAUAAUACAAAACAAAUUCUACAAACUCUUCACCUUCUUCAUUUUCCAUUUUUCUCUUCUCUUCUCUUCUAACUUCUUUCAAGUUUCAACUGUUGAAUGAUGGAUGUUGAGGCUUCUUCUGAUACGCCAAAAGUUUGCGGUGUUGAGGCUUCUUCUGAUACGCCAAAAGUUUGUGGUGGUGGUGAUGAUUAUGUGAAGAAGGAACCUGUUUCUUGUCAAGACUUUGAUUCAUGUUUUAGAACAUGUAGUACUAAACUUGAUACUGCUACACUUCCAGUUAAGAGACUGUUUGAUGACAGUGAUUCAUUCGAUAUUUCUGUUAAGAAAUCAAAAGCGCCACCAGAUGAUGAUCACUGCAAAGAUGAAGAUGGUAUUCCUUCGGCUAGUAUGUCUAAAAGGCAGGGAAAAUCUACUAAUGAAUCGUUUUCCUCACUGAUGAAUGAACUUGCAUUGGCACAAAAGUCGUUUAAGAAAUGCAAAAGGAAGAGUCGAGUAGAAAAAGAGAGAUUGCUGUCCAUAAAGAAAGAUAUUGAAGAGUGCUGCAAAGAGCUUGAAGAUAAGAACAAGCAAGUUAGUUGUGUUAAUAAAAUUCAUGACGAAAUGCAGAGAAAAGUUGAAGUGAAGGAAGAGGAACUGAAGGCUCUUUCCCAAAAAAUUGUUGAAUGUACUGUGGAACUUCAGGCCAAAGAGAAAGAUCUUGAUGCAACAAACAAAUUAAUUGGUGAAGAAGCAGAAAAAUUAGAGUCUACAAAGAAGAAAUCGAUAAAUAUAAUAUCAGAAAUGAAGAAUAGCUGUGCUCUAAUGAAGGACUUUGAGUCAAAGCAGAAGCAAUUUAAAGGCCGGGUUAAGGAACUUGAGUCAAAAGAGAAGCAGUGUGAAGGACGAGUGGAGGAGCUUCAGUCAAAGGAGAAGCACUUUGAGGAACGGGUUAAGGAGCUGGAGUCAAGAGAGAAGGACCUUGAAGUCCGUGUGAAAGAAUUUGAAUCAAAGGAAAAGGAACUUGAAGGACGAGCAAUGGAGCUAGAGACAAAAAAGAUGCAACAUGAAGGUCGGGUGAAGGAAUUUGAAUGCCAAUUGACGCAGCAGGUAUUGAAGCAGAAGCAUUGUGAAAGCCAAAUGAAGGAGCUUGAGUCCAAAGAGAAACAACUUGAAGGCCAAUUGAAGGAGCAUGAAUUAAAGGAGAAGGAAUUUGAAGGCCGUGUGGAAUCUAAAAAGAAGCAUUUCGAAGGCAUGAUGGAGGAGCUCAAAUCAAGAAUGAGGUCUUUGAAAGAACAAGUUGAGGAACUUGACUCUAAAGAGAAGCAACUUGAUCAUCAAAUUAAAGAGCUAGAAUCUAAAAAGGACUACUUUGAAAAACAGGUGAAGGAGUUUGAGUCAAAAGAGAGUCAACUUGAAGGCCGAGUGAAGGAAUUUGAAUCAAAAAAGAAGGAAUUUGAAGAUGAACUGAAGGAGUUUGAGUCAAAAGAUAACAAAUUUGUAGGCAAAGUAAAGGAGUUUGAAUCAAAAGAGAAGGAAUUUGAAUGCCAAAUGAUGGAUUUGCUAUCAAAACAGAAGCAUUUUGAAAGCCAAAUGAAGGAGUUUGAGUCAAAAGAGAAGCAACAUGAAAGCCGAGUGAAGGAGCAUGAAUCAAAAGAGAGAGAAUUUGAAGGCCAAAUGAAGGAACUGGAAUCUAAAAGGAAGCAUUUUGAAAGCCAAGUGGAGGAGCUCAAAACAGAAGAGAGGCAAUUGAAAGGACAAGUUAAGGAACUUGAGUCUAAAGAGAAGCAAUUUGAUGUCAGUGUGAAAGAGUUUGGGUCAAAAGAGAAGCAACAUGAAAGCCGAGUGAAGGAGCAUGGAUCAAAAGAGAGAGAAUUUGAAGGCCAAAUGAAGGAACUGGAAUCUAAAAGGAAGCAUUUUGAAAGCCAAGUGGAGGAGCUCAAAACAAAAGUGAAGCAAUUGAAAGGAGAAGUUAAGGAACUUGAGUCUAGAGAGAUGCAAUUUGAUUGCCGUGUGAAGGAUUUUGAGUCAAAAGAGAAGCAACAUGAAAGCCGAGUGAAGGAGCAUGAAUCCAAAGAGAGAGAUUUUGAAGGCCAAAUGAAGGAACUGGAAUCUAAAAAGAAGCAGGUCGAAAGCCAAGUUAAGGAGUUAGAGUCUAAAGGUAACGAACUUGUAGGAAAAGUAAAAGAUUUUGAGUUUAAGGAGAAGGAAUUUGAAUGCCAAAUGAUGGACUUGGCAUCAAAACAGAAGGAUUUUGAAAACCGAAUGAGGGAGCUUGAUUCAAAAGAGAGAAAGUUUGAAGGCCAAGUGAAGGAGUUAGAGUCAAAAGAUAACCAACUUGUAGGCAAAAUGAUGGAGUUUGAAUCAAAAGAGAGGGGAUUUGAAUGCCAAAUGGAGGAGCAGGUAUUGAAACAGAAGCAUUAUAAAAGCCAAAUGAAGGAGCUUGAGUCAAAAGGGAAGCAACUUGAAGACCAAUUGCAGGAGCAUGAAUCAAAGGAGAAGGAAUUUGAAGGUCAAGCGAAGGAGCUGGAAUCUAAAAAGAAGCAUUUCGAAAGCAUGAUGGUGGAGCUCAAAUCAAAAUUGAGGCUAUUGAAAGUACAAUUUCAGGAAUUUGACUCCAAAGAGAAGCAACUUGAUGGCCAAGUGAAGGAGGUGGAAUCUAAAAAGGACCACUUUGAAAGACAAGUGAUAGAGUUUGAGUCAAAGAAGAAGGAAUCACAGUCAAAAGAUAACGAACUUAUAGGCAAAAUAAAGAAGUUUGAAACAAAAGAAAAGGAAUUUGAAUGCCAAAUGAUGGACUUGCUAUCAAAUCAGAAGCGUAUCGAAAACCAAAUGAAGGAGCUUGAGUCAAAAGAGGAGAAAUUCGAAGGAAAAGUGAAGGAGUUUCAAUCAAAAGAGGAGGAAUUUGAAGAACAAGUGAAGGGCAUUAAAUCAAAGGAGGAGGAACUCGAAUCACAAAAGGAGCAUUUGAAAAGCCAAGUUGAGGACUUCAAAUCAAAAGAGCAGCGAUUUAAAAGACGAUGGAACGAACUGGAGUUGAAAGAGUAUAAGUUCAAAGUAAAGGUGAAGGAGCUCAACUUAAAAGAAAAGCAGUUUGAAGGGCAAGUCAACGAUCCUGAGUCAAAGCUGAAUAAAUUUGAUGGACAAAUAAAGGAGCCCGAGUCAAGGAAAAAAUAUUUUGAUGGGGAAAAAGAAUCCGUUGAAUCUUACAUGGAUGAUCAAUUAAGUCGUACCAUUGGUGGAACAAGUUUGCAGUUGGACACAAGUGAGAAAACUGGCGGAGUUGAAUCACUUUACAAAAGAAUUUUAGUUAGUAUGCGAGAAUCAUCGGACCCAUCAAAACUUGUUUUGGAUAUGAUAUUGAACCCUGUUAUUCCACUGUGUCAAAAGGUUGACAAUUCUGUGAUUAUUGCUGAUUACCAAAUCCAUAUGCUAGAACAACUGAUGAGAACCUCACCAAAAAUUGAAACUUGUGUAAAAAAAGAAGCAUUGAAGCUAGCGCGUGAUUUAAAAGCUAACAUGAAAGAAAAUACUGAAAAUUCUUUGGCCGUUCUUGGUUUUCUGCUGCUUUUGUCAAUUUAUGGGCUGCUUGAUUAUUUUGACGAAGAUGAAGUUUUGGAGCUUUUUGCAUUUGUUGCUAUGCACGAAAUUGCUGUGGAGCUAUUUGGAAGUCUGGGUUUUGCAAACAGAGUUUCAGAUUUUGUUAAGCAUCUUAUCAAGAGGAAGCAAUUUGUUGAAGCUGUUAGAUUCAGUUGUGCAUAUAACUUGGACGACAAGAAUCGAUUAGUUGGUAUGUUGCGAGAACACAUCCAGAAUGCCAGACUGAUUUGUGAGAGCAGUUGUCUGAAAACCAACUCCAUUGAAAUCAAGGAUAAGGCCAGAGAUCAAGAAAUUGCUAGUCUGGGGACUGUUCUACAAUGCAUUUCGGAUUACAAACUAGAAGUUGAGGAUCUGCUUCUUUAUGAGAUUGAAUAUCGCAUUCUUGAGCUAAAAGCACAUAAAGGCAAAUAGUUUUUGUACUAAAACAACUUAAUGCAAAGAAAUGGGGUAAUGGAAACGUGCUAACUUAUAACUACUUUUGUUUGGGUAGCAUGAUUGACUUUCUUACUCUGUAAAAAGAUGUAACUGGAAAGAAUGAAAACUCUUGAUAUAGUUAUCAGAGUUAUCUUUAUUUCUUGGCUA